AUGGAGAAAGGAGACGACAUUAUCAACCCCAGUUUUGCGGCUGCGCUGAUGAAGAUGGACCCUGAGGAUGGAGCUCAGAUCAUGGACUACAUCAGAACUCAGGCCCUGCUCUCCAGAGAGAAAGCCUUGCUGCAGUCCUCGGUGCGAGAACAGAAGAAACUGUUGGUGGAAAAUGGCAAACUGAAAAAGGACAUUGAGGAUCUGAGAGGGCAACUCCAGGACAAGCAAAGGAGGCGGAUAGCAAAAACCCUGCUCGCUCCGGUCACACCUUUGCAGACAAGCCCCGCCUCCUCUGCAGAUUCACCUGCUCCUUCACUUGUUGAUCAACCUGCUGUAGAGCGACGUGAUGGUCAGCGAAGGAAGAGAGGAGACAGGAGAUCCCGAUCGGGGGCAGGAAGUGACCUCCUACUGGGGAUGGAGCCUCGUCUUGACGUGUCGCGUCUGGACCUACGAGUGGGGCGUGUCCUCAGCACCCGAAGCCACGCCCAGUCGCUCAGCAUACAGGAAGUGGACGUAGGAGAGCCCGCCCCCAGAACUGUGGUCAGCAAACUGGGAGCAAACAUACAACUGGACCAGCUUCCUGGGGCCAUGGUCGUGUUGAUAUGUAACGUCAAAGCCUGCAAACUGAGGGGCGUGGUUUCCAAGGCACGUCUUGUCUGCUGCGGCCAAUCAAAAGACUGCAUUGAGCUGCUGACUCCGCCCCCUGGAUCCACGCCCGGAGACAGAAUCACCUUCCUUAACUUCCCAGGGGAAGCAGACAAAGAGCUGCCAACGAAGGACCACGUAUUUGAGCGUCUUCAGCCGGAUCUGUGUGUGGACUCAAAGGGAGUGGCUCAUUACAAAGGCUGUGGCUUCGAGGUGAAGGGGAAAGGCCUCUGCAGAGCUCCCACUGUCAUCAACUGCUCCAUCAGAUAG